AUGGGUAACAUCAUAGCAAGAAUAUGGAGUCUGUUCGAUUCUCAUGUACAACACAAGAUAUUGAUGGUUGGACUUGAUGCUGCUGGAAAGACAACAUUACUAUAUCGCAUGAAGCUAGGUGAGGUCGUUACAACAAUCCCAACAAUUGGCUUCAAUGUUGAGACAAUCAAAUACAAGAAUAUAUCAUUCGAUGUUUGGGACCUUUGUGGACAAGAUAGGAUCAGAGCAUUGGCAAUUCAUUACUAUCCUACUACAACUGGUAUAAUAUUGGUGUUGGAUUCAUGUGAUGUUGAACGUUUACCAGAUGUAAAGGAACAGUUGGAACGUCUGUCUUUGGCCACAGAGUUGAUAGAUGUACCAUUCCUGAUACUUUGUAACAAGCAAGACCUACCUCAUUCAUUGACAAUGGCAGAGAUCACCGACAAACUAUCCUUGAACUACAUAUUAAGAAACAGGAGAUGGUACUGUCAGUCCAUCGUUGCACUGACCCUCGAGGGUGUCUACGAAGGCUUUGACUGGCUCGCAAAUGAGCUGCGGACCAACCCUCCCAAG